AUGUGUCGGUUGAUCAUCACGGAGGCAGUCAUUGUGAUUCUAUGCUGUUUGCUUCCGAAUGUGGUACAGGCAAAGUUAGACAAAGUUCGUCUGAACAAAGAUGGUUAUUUUGUGGAUGCCAGUAACAGGGUUCUUCUCUUCCACGGAUUCAACUCAGUCAACAAGGGACCACCGUGGUAUAAUGAACAGAUGACCAACCGUACACAACUGCAAAUGUUCCAAUCAUGGGGAAUCAAUGUGGUUCGUCUGGGCAUCAUGUGGUCCGGGGUGAUGCCCAGUAAGGGAACUGUGAGUGAAGAAUAUUUGCAACAGAUGGAAGAGAUCGUCAAAGCAUGCGAUGAAUUCGGUAUCUACGUGUUGCUGGAUAUGCACCAAGAUGUGCUAUCGACUCGAUUUGGCACUUACGAUGGGAUACCGACGUGGCUGGUUGAUGAGCUACCAAAACCACCGGCCAACGUUUCCUAUCCUUGGCCUUAUCCGAAAGUACCUGACAGAUGGUAUGACAAUUAUCUAACCUAUGCGUGUGUUAACUGCGCGGAACAGCUGUACACCAAUGUGUCAGGGACAUGGGAAUAUUGGGGCCAGUUUUGGGAGACAGUGGCAAAACGAUUCUGCAAAUAUUCAAACGUGAUCGGGUAUGAGCUGAUGAAUGAUCCACCACCGAGUAAUUUUUAC